UGACUUUCUGUGUGGCAUGUGUGGGAAAUCUGAAAUUAAUUUUUGCUAUUUUCGUAUUUCUUUGGUAAAAAAACACAACACUUUGUUACUAAAGCAAGUGAAGAAUAAUGACCACGACUGGAUCAUUGUCCAGGGGUUGUUUUGUGUUCAAGGGAAAGAAAAAGAAAGCUGAUGCAGCUGAUUACUUUGCUGAUGAUGAUGACAGCCAUGCCUCCUUGCGCUGUGACUUGUAUCAGGAUCAUUGGGAGCAGGUCAAUGCUGAUAUCCAGAUUUUGCAAUCAAGCAUGAAUUCAAAAAUUUUUGAGGAUCUCCUCCAGUUCAUCAAGACAGCUCAUGCAAACUUCAGCUUAGGGGAUGCCAACCAUUCCAGUUCUCGUAUGAAUGAGAUACCAACAGCUGGCCUAAUCACUGGCGUCAACACACCAGACCACAGUGUCAUGUUCACAAAUCUGCUUGACCUAUUGAUGGAUCAAGUCACGCCACAUCUUGCUGUUCUGAAGUCAAAGGAUUGUGCCAACACCAAACAGAUCAUGACAAAGAUUACUGGACAGCUCAUGGGAAAGACAGACCUUCUUGAUAUUGGAAGUGAUAAUGAAGAUGGUGGCAAUGUCAAUGUUAAAAAAAUCAGCUGCACAAUGCCUGUCCUGAGUGCUUGGUAUAACCACUUGAAUAAGAGGAAGAGGAGUCAUUCUCCCAAGAAACGUAAAUCAACAGAUGGCAAAGUCUUAGGCAUGCCAGAUCAUCCUCCUGUUGUUAUAGUUCUGGAAGACCUGGAAAGCUUCAACCCACAUGUCCUGCAGGAUUUCAUUUCUACAUGCAGCAACUACCUCGACCAGCUUCCUCUAGUGUUGGUAUUUGGUAUCGCCACAGCAGUGACUGCUGUCCAUCGUCUUCUGCCACAUCAAGUGUCGUCGUUGCUCUGUCUUGAAAAGUUCCACGGACCACCAUCCACAAAGUAUCUGACUCAGGUGGUCAAGGAAGUGGUGAUGACCCCAAAAUACCCAUUCAAGUUAGGAAGCAAAGUGUUUCAACUUCUCCUCGAUAUCUUCCUCUACCAUGAUUUCUCUGUCAUGAACUAUGUGGGCUCGCUCCAAUUUUGUAUCAUGGAUCACUUUCAUGGACGCCAUCUGAGCAGUCUGUGUUGUUCUGUUGAGGAUCUCAUCAAACACACCAAGAAACUUACUGGAGAAAAAGUGGAGAAAAUACGGCAGACGCCAUCGUUCAUGCGUUAUGUUGAAUGCCAGCCACCUGCCGAGCAGAUCCGUCUGCUUGAAGAUGACAACCAUCUGAAGAAGCUUUUACCAACAUUCAUGCACAACCUUGAAACCUAUCAUUCCUACUUCUUCCCAGUGUUGGAGUGCCUCAACAUUCUCACAGCUGGACUUCCAAAGCAUCCGCUAGGAAAGCAGACCCGUGAAUUGUAUCACAUGUGCCUCCAGAGCCAGAUUGUUGACAGGGAGGAGUACAAAGAGGCAAUGGGUCUACUCCGAGCCAUGUCAAGGGAUGAGCUGCUAGACCUGGUACAGCAAUGCACUGAGAAGCUUCUACAGGUGGUUGACCUGCCGGAGGAACUGCAGGAAGCUGUGGAGAAGAUGCUAGAAUUGGCCUCAAAAUUUGAUAACAUUGAAGAGCUUGCCAACAUGGCUAACCCGGAAGAGGAUGAUGCAGAGCCAGAGCCACUUACAGCAUUGCCAAAGAAGAAGAUGAGCAUGAAAGACCUCCAACAGAAACUCCAAGAGAUCAAACAGAAAAAGAAGAAACUGACUGUCUACGAGGCGGUGAGGAAUGAGGCGAUUGACUACUUUGAGUUAUUAUUUAGGCAGUAUCUCCGGUGCUACAAACAGUUCCCUCUCCAUGAAGCUGUUUAUUACGAUGCGGCCAAUGAAGUGAAGAAACACAUGAAUGCAUCCCCAAGGGCUGCCAUCCAUACAGCUCUCAGUAAUCCAUACUUCUACUUACAGAAUGAUGUCCUCAAACAAGACACGUCCUCAGUCACACCUGAUCUCCCUGACAUCUGCAUUGUUUACAAGUUACACUUGGAGUGUGGCAGGCUUAUCAACCUCUAUGAUUGGUUACAGGCAUUUAUAAUGAUUGUCACAGCAACAGAGGAGAAAGCAUCAUCCCGGAAGCCAGAUAAAACACUGCAAGCACGAUUUAUCCGAGCUGUAUCUGAACUUCAGUUUCUAGGAUUUAUUAAACCAACAAAACGUAAGACGGAUCAUGUGGCCAGGUUGACUUGGGGUGGAUAUUGACGCAGCCAAAGUGAGCUGAAUUCUCAGGAUAUGGAUAAUCAAUUAGCAUUUACUAUUGGACUUGGAGGAUCAGUAAUGGUGGAGUGUUCUAUAAUUGUGAAAGCAUAAUGAAUCAGCGGUCAGAAGUUUAAGACCAACACUGCAUUUGGGUUGCUCUCAUAGGGCUGAUUGCCUGCAGUACUAACAAACCCAAAAUCCUGAAAUCUUCCUAAAGCCUGAAGGUUCUGUCAGCGUACGUUGUGGUAUGAAUUUUCUCAAUAUGAAUGUCCAAGGACCUCUUCAUUUCCA